GGACCUUGAGGAGGGCCGCAUCUGAACAACAUAAGCAUGGAAGGAGAUCCUCACUUGGGCAUUUCUUCUUUAGCAGUCCAGUUACUUGACCCCAUCCCUCCCUCUCCUCCCUUCUUCUCACCAUCUCCGCCCCCCCUCACCCAGCAGGGUGGAGGCUAUCAACCCAUCCAGGCUCUUACAGGGUCAGUUUCCAGUUUUAGGGGGGCUGAUACAGACCUCCACUCUGGUUUCGUUAGACCUCUUGAACUGUGGCACCUCUUUAUGGCCAAACAUCACCACUAACUAUUGUGCUGGAUUUGAUUAACCUCAUCUCGUCUCAUUUGGAUCACCGGACUUAAACCAUCCACCCAACAGACUGCAUAGUGACCAAAGAGACCAGCAUGGCAGACAAGCCGGGUUUGCCAACAGGUGGAGGAGACGAUGCGGGCGGCAUCAUGGCGCUGUUGGAGCGCGUGGCAGGCCUCAUGGACAGCGUCCAGACCACACAGCAGCGCAUGGAGGAGCGUCAGCUGGAGCUGGAGAACACGGUGAAGACCAUCCAGACCGACAUCAUCAAGCUAACCAACGACCACGCCAAUACCAGCUCCACCGUCGACAGGCUGCUGGAGAAGACCCGAAAGGUCAGCCGCCACAUCAAGGAUGUGAGGGUGCGAGUGGAGAACCAGAACGUCAGGGUGAAGAAGGUGGAAGCCACCCAGGGAGACCUGCUCGCCAAGAACAAGUUCAGGGUGGUCAUUUACCAGGGUGACCAGGAAGUGAAAGCUGUCACACCAGGAAGAGAGCCUGCUGAGUCCAGUGGGGCUGCAGCAGCCAGAGCUGAAAUGGAACCGGACAAGUUCGAGCUCCCCCCAGAGUCUGAUGAGGAGUACAUGGUGGUGGAGGAGGCGGACUCCUCAGCAGCUGGCAGAGCCAAGAAGACGGGGCUGACCCGCAUAGAGAGCUUCAAAGCCACCUUUUCUAAGGAGAACAUGAGCAGUAAAGUCAACAAACUGGGAGAGCGUAUCGUCACUGCAGAGAGGCGCGAGAAGAUCCGUCAGUCUGGAGAGAGGCUGAAGCAGUCUGGAGAGAGGCUGAAGGAAAGCAUCACCAAGACCGUUCCGGCAAAGCUCAAUUUGAGAAAGGAGAGGACUGUGGCGGAGGGCCAGGAGGGAGCCUCCGAGGGAGCCAUGCCAGUCCCCCCCCCAAAGGGCCGCAAGACCAGCCCACGCGCCGCCAGGCCAGCCGAUGACGAGGGCAAGAGUGAAGAGUCAGAGGUGCCAAUGUACGACAUGAAGCAGCUGUCUUGAACCACCAGGUCUGAGAAAUUUCCUUUGGACCUGAAAGACCACAUAGAAAGAUUCAAAGGGGUUCUGCAGGAUCUGCUUCUGAUCAGCUGCAGGAACCAAGUUUGUUUGAGUUUAACUAAAGGAUGUGAUUGAAGAACAUGAAGGACACAGAACCAACAGAACACCCAGAUGAUCCAGAAGACUCCUCAAGCCCUGGAGUUUCUACCGUUUGUGGGUUUCAGACAUGUAUUACCUUCCAGCUCCACACAGACACAACUCAUGUUCGAUAAGGUCAUGAAAGGACUGAUUUCAGAGCUGUCCUUCAAGCCUCUGAUACCAUACCGCUGCUGUUCACGUGCUUAAAGAAAGUUAAGACAGGGUGAAGUUAUGGUUUGACAUGUUGGAAACAGGAGAAGAUUUAAUUAAAAAAACUGUUCAGAAAUGUGUCGGGAGGGAAUAGUUUCCCUUUAGGGUUUUUCAAAAUGUGUAAAAGUUGAAGAUGGAAGGAACCAAGACCUGCAGAAAUCAGGUCAGAUGGACAUGAACCUCCAAAGACAGCCGAAAGAUGCUUAAAGACAAGACGUGGACAUCUGCAUAGAGAAAACUGGACCCGUAUAAAAGAAGUAAAUGGAUUCCCAGCAAGAAAGCAUACUUCAACCAUUGACUGUAAAUGAAAACUGGACUGAGAGCCCGUUCACCAUACUUAAUCUGCUACCUUUUUUUUAACAUUUUCAUGUUAAAGCAAAUGUUUUUAUUAUUUCUGUAGUGCAACUUACUAAAUUUAAGGCCGUGUCAAACAGACACAACAUACAUUAUGCACAUAUGAAAAGAUAAACAAUGGUCAUAUGUGAAUAUACUUGGAAAAUGUGUGAAAAGUUGUGGUCUUCAGGUGAAAUUUUUACUGAUGUAUCAUGAAUAAACCACGUAAAGACCAUGGGAGAAGCACGAAUAAACCACGCAAAAAACAUGUAAAUCAUUGUAGAACAUGAACUGUGAGUGACUAUUGCGAAGUUUUUUUGCAAUUUAUUAGGAAUUCAUGCGUCAGUUACAUAAUUUUAAAGUGCCAUGUGGGCAUUAUAUGCAGUAUAAAAAAUAUACAUCAAUGGUAAAUGCGUGAUGUGGAACAGUCAUGUAAAGCCACAAAUUUGCGUAUGCAAAAAUCACACACAAUUGCGUAAGAUUUACGUAAUAACUGCGCAUAAACUAUAAACAAAAAUACGCUUAGACUAUGUUAUUCUCAACCGACCAAAAGUUUUAAACAGUCUGUUAGACGUGUGGAACGGUUGUGGAAAGCCACAAAUUUGCGUGUGCACAUGUACGAAUGACCUAAUAAUUGCAUAUAAAGUACGUAAAAAAACGUGUAAACUGUGUAAUUAUCAACCAACCCAAAACUUUGAACAGUUCAAAACCGAAUUCAGGUAACAACCCGUCGGCCGAAACCCUCAACGGACAUGCGCAUUUUUGAGUGCAUUGACGAAUGACGUACGCAAGAAACACUUAGGGAUGUCACUAGUGUAUCUCAAAAGACGGAAAUUUCAUGAGUUGGAAAUGUUCAAAAUGUACAUAGUGGCUGUGUGACACAACCUUUACAAACUGACCAAUCAGAUGCCUCAAGAAAAGUAUGUGGUCUCCUGUCAAACAUUCUAAAUGUUUGAUUGUCAAAUCACAGGGGUGUGGCCUUCCAAAGAGCUCACUACUGAUUGGCGAAAGUGGUUGCCAUAGAAGCGUUGACUAAGACGGAGUCGGACCAAUCACUGCGUAGUGAACGUCAUCCGUCAUCUAUGGGCGUCGUCACACUCACUCGGUCCAGUUCUCAGAUACAGUCGAUGGUUUCAACACACAAACGAGUCAUGGGGCAUUUCCCACAGAGUUGUGCUGCAAACGAUAGAAAAAGAGGCUGCUUCAUCAAACAACUAUUUUCCACAAUACCUGCUCAACUUUUGCUCAAUGUUUCAAAAAAGUUGACAUCUUUUUAGAGCUUGAAUUCAUAAGAAAUGUUUAAAAGAAAAACAUUGAAACUACUAGAAAUGUUCGGCGCUUCGAGCCCCACCUCAAAACUCCACCUUGGAAAGGGUGAAGUGAAGAACACUGAAGCUCAGUCUGAAUGGCUCCUGCUGUAAACUUUGACUGUAUUAGAUUUAGCUAGAGAAUGCCUGCAUGGCUGUGGCUUAUCAAAAUAAAAAUGUUAGAACUGUUCGUGUUUGCAAAGGUGAGAAAAUAAAAGUUUCAUUUAUGUAC